AUGGCCAAUCCAGAUCCAGUUACCUUAUGGCUAAGCUCCUUGACCCUCGAUGACGAGGAUGACAAGACCACCACCGAACCCAAGAAAAAGCAGCUCGGAGACCCCAAGCGCGCCAAAAUCGAACCUCUUACACCGCCGCGGCGUGCUUCGGAGGCGCAGAGCUCAGAGGACCCGUCUCCGAUUUCUACAGUGUUCUCAGUGGACCGGGAUUUGGUUUUUGAUGCGGCUUUGCAAAAGACAUAUGUGUGGCACGGGGACGGGGAGAUAUAUGAGGAUGUUUCGGAGUGUACGAGUGUUGAUGAUGAGGACGAGGACGAAGAUGAGGAGGACGAUCGCAAGGACGACAACGACAAUGACAAACGCAAUAUCAAACCCCUCAUCCUCGAUACCGCACCUACUCCUUCAUCGCUACAACAACCACCGAGUCAAAGUCCAAGUCCAAAGCCCCCACCAACUCUCUUCUCCCUCUCCCCCCCUUCCUCCAACGCCUCCCUUGCCCGCGCAGAAACACCCCCUACAAACGCACCCCCCAAACCCCACGACGCCUCAAUCCCCCGCUUGGUCCUCAUGACCUCCUGUAUCCAAUGCACACUGGCCUCACUCCCCUGCUCGCGCACACCCCCCUCUUGCACGCGCUGUAUACGCAACGGACACGCAGAAACUUGUCUGCUCACGCGGCGCCUCUUCCUCGACGAGCCGAUCCGGUACCCAUCACAUCUAUACUCUCAUCCUGGUGCGGGAGGGAUCUCAAGCGCUUAUGGCAACGGCGAUGGGAUUUCCAUGGGCAGUGUUGUGCUGCUCAAGGUUGUGGGCCAGGACGAGGGAGUGGUGUGGGAGCACAAGAGGGCGGUUUUGGAGCGGUUGAUGGGGGCGUGGUGGGAUGGGUUUGAGCGGGAGAAUUGGGUGUUGCCGUGUUGGGGUCGGGUUGGAGAUGUAAGUGUGGGUUUGGGUGUGGGUGCGGGGGGGAGGAAGAGGAGGAAGAGGAGGUGGAUGUCGUGGGAGGGGGAGGGGAGUGAUGUGGUUAGGGAGUUGUGUGUUGAGUCGCAGGGUUGGGAUUGA